CAGCAGUCGGAUGAGCCUGUGGAGUCAGAUGAACGCCCUGUGAAACCAUCCAAUGAGCCUGUGGAGUCAGCUGAACCCCCUGCAGAACCAUCCAAUGAGCCUAUGGAGACAGCUGAACCCCCUUUGGAACCAUCCAAUGCGCCUGUUGUGUCAACCGAACCUCCUAUAGUACCUCCUAUAGCUGUAGUACCUCCAUAUGUCGAGCCUGUACGAUCAGCUGGCGGUGUUAUAACGAACCAACCCAUGCCCAGAACAGGAGCACUACGUCCAGUUGUUUGGAUGCCAAUGCCACCUUCAAUGCAAGGCGUGCCUCCUGGAUUGGAGUAUAUAGCUGCGGUGGAUGAAAUUGUGGUUUAUCAGCUCGUCGAGAUGCUGGAAAUAAUCACUGGAUACGAAACCUGCAAUCAAUAUUCGUUGCAAAAUAUAUAUGGACAGCAGGUCUACAAAGCUUUCGAAGAUUCAAGCUGUUUGGCACGUAUGUGCUGUGCUCACAGGCGCUCAUUCACCAUGCAUAUUCUGGACAAUUUCCACAGAGAAGUCAUACGGAUGCGACGGCCUUAUAGAUGCUGCGCCGGAGGAUGUUUCGGACUUUGUGCAUGCGGCUGUUGUUGUAGCUCGAAAAUUAUAGUCGAGGCACCGCCAGGAAAUGUGGUUGGGACAGUCGAACAAAGACAAGCUUGCUUUGCUACUUGCUUCAAUGGAAAAAAUGCGGAUGGACAGGUGAUAUUUAGAAUAAACGGGCCUCUCUGCUGUUUCAUGUGCUGCUGUCAAAAUAAGAAGUUUACGGUAUACACGCAAGGAAACGAUACUGGACUCAUAGUGAAGGUAUGGGGAGGAUUCGAGCGUGAAGCUUUUACCGAUGCAGAUACAUUCAAUGUAAAAUUUCCACAUGACCUCGACGUGCAAGCCAGAACUGUUCUACUUGGAGCAACCUUCCUCAUUGAUUUUAUGGAAUUUGAAGAUAAACCCAAAGAUAGAAACAAACAACACUAGCAGUCUCUACGAUAAUGAUAUAAUCUGUUCAGCUGAUACAUCAAUUACACUGACGAAAAGUUCUGAUUAACAUUAAAGUCCAAUUUAUAUGUCUGAUAUUUGUUGUCAGAACUGUACAAGUACUUGGAUUGAAAAUUUCAACAGUGC